AUGCUUUCUAUAUUUUUUUUUAUAUCUUUGUUUCCUCUUGUUAAGGCUGACGAUUGGGAUGAUUUCACUAAUAAUCUUGCUACCGACUUGGCCCCUUUAAUUACAUUGUUCGGUGAACGACUUACGAAACAAUUCCUCUCCGAAUCCAUCAGCAUUCUCGAUAAUGUCAUCUUCGCCCUUUCACCACUAGGAGUCUUGACUUCCGUUGUGUCGGUAAUCAGGGUAUGCGGAAGUUCUUCCCUCAAGGCAUUCGUCGGACGAGCACAAGAAGGUCCUGCCGAAGCCGAAAGCGAACUCCUUCCUUGCGUCUCGGAAUCAACUGCGGAGCUCUUUAAUGAUGGCGGUAUUGCACGAGUCUUUGGCCGGCCCAAGAUCGUAGAGAUAGUUGCUUGGGAGGAUGUGGACCAUAAUACUGGAGAAAAGGGGACAAAGAUUGGCACUUUAAAAGAUGCCCUUAAAGAAAAGGCUUGGUCUUGCGAUGGCGAAGUUCCACCUAGUGAAUUGCCUGAACUGGAUAUUCCUAAUCUGUCAUUGAACAAGGGAAUCAAGAGGAGAGACCAAUUUUGGUUCCAUUGUGCUGCAAUACUUGGUGGUUUAUUACAGAGCAGCACUAUUAUGUACGCUGUACUCACGGUAUUUGUGUAUCCCCAACAUUUCCAGAAAGACGACAAAGCCGUCGCCUCAUACGCAUUCCCACUUUAUAUCAUCGGCACAACCCUUCUGUUUCUCGGAAUGUUCUUCUGUGCAUUUAUCAUGGAGCGUUCCUCAAAGGAGUUCUAUCUCAAAGCAGAAAAGCCAAGCAAGAUAUACUGGCUGCAGCCUGGUAACCAAGAUGUGGGCGACCAGGUCUUCAAUGCUUUCUUGGCUGUCAAUGAAGGGCCCAAUUCUUCAAUGACCAAGAAACUUCGGUAUAUCAAAUCGAUCAGGGAUCGAAGAUAUGACACGAAGUAUUUGGAGACUUACUCUACCCUCGUAUCGACGAUGUUGGGAUUCAUUCUCCAAUUCAUCGGACUGAGAGGCCUUCACGCAUCUGUCACCCUAGCCCAGUUGGGAUCAACGUUCCUAAUGACUAUCAUACGAACUUCUUUGCGUACAGAACGAAUGACACCAGAUGAAAAUAAGAUGAAAGGCGACCGGGGGCUCACGUCUCAUAAACAGCAAGACAUGGAUUGUUUUGCAUUUUAUCUCGAGAAAGUACAGUCGUUUGAACUCGCCUCGGUCCCUGGUGGGCUAGCAAACAUGCCUUCGCCGAGAUUCACGCCCCAUCUUGGACCUCCUCUGGCCAAACAAUUAAUUCGAACUAGGACCCAGCUGGCGGAUCUCACGACUAGCUUAAGACAGAGCAUGGGCGCAGAUUGGGACGAAAUGCCUAUUCGACAAAUGGCUUGCAACCUUGCAGAGACAAUCGAGUCAACUAUGGAUUUGAUCUCCGGUUGGGGAGUUGACCUCGGAAAGACCUUUGAGUUCCGACUUGGCUUCGAGUGCAGGAGUUCUUCUCCAGGUUCUGUCACACAGUCUCCGGGAACAUAUUCAAUUGGUCUCAUGCGUUGUGGUGAUGCUCUUCGAUGGAAAAUGCAAGUCAACGAGCUGGAAGCAAUACUAGGCCUGUGGACAUGGUCUUUGUAUAAGUCUGGUGAUGAUUAUAGGUUUUCGCGACUCUUCCGUCUUGUUGGACUAAGCGAAGAAGAGGCAAAAAAGGAAGAGACUUAUCUUUACUUCCACAAAUGGAUAUUCCGACAAACAGAGGCCCGACUAGUGCCACCCGACCUGAUUGAUGACUCUCGACGUCUAUUCGGCUUUGAACCUAAGGAAGGUCUCCCGAUGGGGGAUCUUCUCGCUAUCAGGACUGAGAAUGAAGUAGAGACAAUGGCCGCCCAAGAUAUCUUCAUUAAAUUUCUCAAAGAAGUUUGUCUCAACGUGAAGGAGCUUGGUGGGGAAGUCGAUGUCGUCUCCGGUAUACAGAACUCGCUUUUGGGUUCCUGUACGCGAAUUGAUGAACUGGUAUCCUGCUUUGAGGCCCAUUCUCUUGGGACAAGGGAGGAUGCAUUGUUAUGCAUUGUUCCUGUUUUGAGGAACCGAAACCUUUUGCCUGAUCUUGCAGCCGACUGCGCUAAAGUCAGAGCGCGGAGAGAACGGCUCAUAAGCCAGGGGAAAUGGCAAGAUGCGUUUGCAUUGCUGCGUUGGCUCUGCCAACGGUCAGAAGGUUCCCAAUUCCAACGGUCAGUCUACGAGUUAGGUUCUCUUUGCCGCCGAGCAUUAUUGAACAACAAUGAAACUAUUCGCAAGGAGGGGUUGGCACAGAUUUGCAAGCUUCUCAACUCAGAUAUAAGAGAGGAGUUUCUUCAAGCCCAGAAAGUAUCACUGCCUUCUGAUUGGACAAUGUCACAAGAUCGUAUUGAAUGGUGGCGCUCAUUCUCUAGCCAACUAGGCUGGACCGCAUGGAUCAUUUCAACGAAAGUUCCGGGAAUGAGCUUCAUGCAGCCAGAUUUAAAGUCACUCAAUGCACCAGAGAGCUUGCCUGGGUUUGUUGGCACCGGCCAGGAUUCAGAAGCCACCCAAACCGGCAUCCGCGCUAUGCAAGAUUGGCUCACGGUGCGAGAUCUUGAGAAUACUGGGUUCAAACGCUCAGGAGAAGAAGAGGACGACCAAUUAUGCUUUGACUGGGCCAUCGAAAACCAAUACCACGGUCUGAUUUAUUUCCUUUUGUUGAAGUGGUUGGAGUUGAGAGAGCACAUCCCGGCCCUUGUCACCCUUGGAUACUCUCUUGCGGCCAACAAACACUCCCAUUUCGCUCUGCAGAUUCUUCUUCGACAGGGUACCGACAUUGAUUCCCCUGAUAUACAAGGUUGUCCCGCAUUGUUUAACCAAGCGGCACUUGGAAACGUGGAGGGGAUAGUAAUGUUGUUGGACAACGGUGCCGAUCCUAAUGGCAGUGACAAGGCUUCCCACGGAAGGCCACUGAUCGCAGCAGUAUAUGGGGGACAUAUUACAGCUACGGCAUCGCUUCUUCAAUACGGAGCCAACGUGAACGUGUUGGACCACCAUGGGAUGACGGCGCUGUGGUGGGCAAUGGCCAGUGACCAUUUUGACAUUGCUGAGCUGCUUUUAUCCAGCGGUGCAGGGACAGAGUCAGUCGGGUCUGAUGGCUUGACACCACUUCUUUGGGCUGCAACGGAGAAAAGUCUCGCUGUUCUCGAGCUGUUGAUAAAGUAUGGAGCAAACAUCAAUGCUCAAAAUGACAGCGGCAAAACUGCACUUAUGCAGGUAGCGUCUAGAGAACAUUCAGUGCCAGUGCUUCGGUUGCUGUUAGACAAAGGAGCUGAUGUCCAUAUGAAAGACGACAGUGGCCUGACAGCCCUGGAUAUGGCAAAAGAAGCAAACUUCGAUGAGGCUAUAGCCAUACUGGAGCCAUCAUCGUAA